AUGGAUUGGGCUGUACCAUUUUUCAAUAGCAAGAACAUUCCAACUUUUCUAUCCACAGCUCCUGAUCUUCCACACCUAAGGUCUCAAAGUGAUGAUAAUCUUUUGCAGAAAUUUACACAUAAAAAUGACAAUGAUGAUGACAAUAUGGAUAUUGAUGAUGACCCUCCAAAGCAUCUAAUUUUUAUGGAACAGGAUAAAAACCAUGCAUUUUGUUCAGAUUCAGAAGAUAAAAUUUGUUGGUAUCUUGUUGGUGUUAUUGCUGAUAAACGUAAAAGAGUUCUUGAGAGCAUGCAAAAUGAACAUGUAGCAAAUUUAAUUAAGGGUUUGAAGAUAUAA